AUGUUGGGCUCAUCAUCCAUUGUUUCGUUGCUUGCGCUGGCGUCCACCGCCUUUGCUGCGCCCAGCGGCAGCAUUGAGAAGCGUGCGCCAACUGUGUACCUCGCUGGAGACUCAACGAUGGCAACAGCCAAUGGUGCCGCUGGCUGGGGAACUUACCUCCCAUACUCACUGACUACAACUGUCGUCAACAAGGCUAUUGGUGGCCGUAGCUCUCGCUCCUACACCGUUGAAGGCCGCUUCACCGACAUCAUCAACACCGUCAAGGCCAACGACAUUGUCAUCAUAGAGUUCGGCCACAACGACGGCGGAUCCCUGACUCCCACCGACAACGGUCGCUCUGUUUGCCCAGGCAAGGGCACCGAGACUUGUCAGUCAACUUACAACGGUGCGGCCACGACCGUGUACACAUACCCCUUCUACCUCAUCCAGGCCGGCAAGGCCAUCAUCGCAAAGGGUGCCAAGGUCAUCAUCAGCAGCCCGACCCCCAACAACCCCUGGGAGUCUGGCACUUUCACUUACAGCGCUAGCCGCUUUGUCGACUACAGCAAGAGUGUCGCUGCGACUCUUGGCUCGAGCGCAUCUUACGUUGACCACGGUGCUUACGCUGCCGCCGCCUGGCAGUCGUUGGGCAAGGCAACGACCGAUGCGUACUUCGUUUCUGGCGACCACACCCACACUCUUCCCAUUGGCGCUGAUGUUGUUGCCAAGUCGUUCGUCAAGGGUCUGCAGUGCGCUGGAGGUAGUUUCCUCAAUGGAUAUGUUAAGAACAGCACUGCAAGCAUUACUGGCAGCUGCAUUUAG